UCAAAAUUAAGGUAUUAAAAAUAACUUUUUGUUGUUUUAUAAUUAUUUAAUAAGUGCUUGAAAGAAUUUUAUUCAGUGGCGUCUUUUGUAUUCAAAAUUUGACAAAAUAUCAACACUGCUUCCCGGAAUAGUGAUAAUUGUGUUGCAAAUUCGAUCGAUACUCAACAUGAGUAAGGUGCUACUUUUUAAUAUUUAAAGUGUAAAACAAUAAACAAACAACAAUGGCAUUUUCUCUUGGUGGACAACAAAUAGGAACAGGAACCAUUAUUCCAACUGGACCUGUCCCUCUGGUAAAUCCAAUGGACCCAAAUGAUAUAACAUUAAUAACUGCGACGCCUUCAGGGAUUGAUCCAUCUCUUGAAUUCAACAAGAAUAGGAAGAAGACACCAAGUAAAGAAACCCUUCGAAUGAGUCCCAGUGACAAAAGAGAGAGGCGAAGGUCCGAUAGAAGAGAACAUGACAAGAGAGACAGUGACAGAUCAAAGGAUGAUUCUGACUCUAAUAUGUCAAACCCAACAGAAAUUGUCACAUUGCAAAAUGGAUCUGGAAUAGCUCCCAAUAUGUGGGGUGGUGUUGUAGGAAUGGGAUAUCCAAUGGUAGGAAUGAAUAUGAUAAUGGAUCCAAAUAUGAUGCCAAUGAAUAAUUAUGGUAUGGUCUCACCCAUUAUACCACCAGAUCCCAACUUGGUAACUCCGGAUCCUGGUAUUAUGAUUAAUCCAGUAAAAGAAAUAAUCCAUUGUAAAUCCUGCACGUUAUUCCCACCAAAUCCCAACGCACCCCCUCCCACCACACGCGAAAGACCUUUAGGUUGCAGAACAGUGUUUGUCGGGGGUCUGCCAGAGAAUAUGACUGAAGAAAUUAUAAGAGAGGUGUUUGAAAGAUGUGGGGAGAUCACAACUCUAAGAUUGAGCAAGAAAAAUUUUUGCCAUAUUAGGUUUUUAUAUGAACACUGCGUUGAUCAUGCCAUUUUUUUAUCAGGAUAUAGGAUCAGAAUUGGAUCCAAUACUGAUCCUCCAAAUACAGGAAGACUUCAUGUGGAUUAUGCACAGGCGCGAGAUGAUCAAUAUGAAUGGGAAUGCCGUCAAAGACAACUGCAAAGGGAGCAACGACACCGGGAGAGAAUGGAAGAAGAGAGAUUACGGCCCCCUUCACCUCCUCCUAUUGUUCAUUACACUGACCAUGAAGCACAAAAUGUUGCUGAAAAACUAAAACAAGAUGAAACAUUUACCAAGGCCGUCCAAAUUUUAGUGACAUGGCUAGAGAGGGGAGACUGCAGUAAGCGAAACUCAAACACAUUUUAUUCGAUGGUUCAGUCAACCAAUUCACAUGUAAGACGUCUUUUAACUGAAAAGACUCAAUAUGAAGAAGAGUUGCAAAAAGCCAAGGAAAUUAUGAAGGGGAGAAUGCAAGGAAUUCUAUUGCAAUUCAGUCAAAUCGAACGUGUAUUCUUGGCUGCCUGUCACAAGAAAGUCUGGGACCAUUUCACCAAGGCACAGAGAAAAAACAUUGAGCUGUGGAAAAAGCAGUCGAUGGAGUUAAAAAAUGUCCAACUUGAAGAGGAAACCCCUAUUGAAACGGCUGACGACGAGAUGGAAGUUUCAGAUGGAGAAGAAAAUCCUCGAAAGAAAACGAAAAUUGAAAUCUCAAACGAGGACAAGGUGCUAAAGGAAGAAAAUGAUAAUUUGAGGUUCCAAAUGGAGGCAUACAAAAACGAGGUGGAAGUCUUAAAAAGGGAUUACAUGAAAGAAAUUGAUGAGAAAGAAAAGCAACUAAAAAUUUUACAGCAAACGUUAAAAAACUUACAACAGCAAUUGGUUGACUACAAAUUAAGGCAAGCAGAAGACGAGAACAAAAUGAAAGAAUUGCAGGUAAAGCUUCAAAAUUCGAUCGAAAACUACGCCAAUAAUUGUAGUAAAAAUGGAAAAGAGAAAGAAUUGGAAGAUUCGGACUCCGAUAAACUCGAAAUUUCAAGCAUUACAGAGAGUACAACUACUGACAGUUUAAAUACGCAAACCCUUAACGAAAAAGACGCAAAACUCGUGGGUAUAAUAUCGACUUUUCUUAACGUGCAUCCUUUUGGCGCCGGUCUAGAUUACAUCUGGUCUUAUGUUAGUAAACUCGACUCGAAUAUUAAACCGUCCGACAUCGAGGUACUUAUGACACGAUUUCCUAACGUUUUCAAACAAGAAAUUGUUGGAAUUGGAGCCAACAUGGAAAGACGGUGGCUGUUUAAUGUAUUUAUCGCAACAGAAGUUUGAAAUGUUCGGUGCAUUUUUGUCUUUUAUUUUUUGUUAUUUAAUUAUAUUAUGUAAUUAUCUUAUUGAUAUGUAUUAUAGCUAUAAGUUUCGGAAACGUAUGAGGCUCAUUUUGUAAAUCAUAUCAGCAUUAAUAAGGUAAUUAUUAAAUAAAAACUAAUUUAUUAAUUUGUCCAAGAUUUUCAUUUAACUUACCAUUUGAAAGUUAUGGAAAAUUCGGUAAUUAAAAGCAAAUUAAAACUAAACGAACUCGUCAAGCUUCAAUAUCUACAAAGUCAGAUAUAUCUCAAAAUAAAAAAAGGGAUAAACGUAUAAAAAAAAAGAUUGGCCGAUAAUGAGUACAGGAAAGUGUGGAAAUGUGUGUCUAACGUUGUGAUGACAGGUAAUUGAGAAUGUCUAACGAAAAUUAAGCCAAAGAGCAAUAAAUUCGCUUUUUAAAUAAAAGUAUGUAAAUGCAUAAUAUCACGCCUUAUAGUACCCAACACCGUAUUCCUAUGACAUUAAAAAUGAAUUUAAUUGUAAAUGUAAGAAAG